AUAUAAAGGCGGAGAAAUUUUCAGUCUCGUCACCCUUUGCAAGACAGCAGUAUCUCUUGAUAAGUUAGACACUAACACACAGGUAAGACUUAUUCUGAAAAAAAUUUUUAACUCUAUAUUUAUCUAUUAUGAGAUAAGAAAUACCCGCUUCAAUGCAAUUUCUUUUUUUUUAACUAGUGUUAUAGUGACUUGAAAUGGGUCAAAAAAAUUACUUCCUUUUCUAUUUGCAGAAUCUUUAAAACUAUGGCACCAAAAUACGAACUCAUCUACUUCAAUGCCCGUGGAAGGGCCGAAGGAGUCAGAUACAUUUUCGCUUUGACAGGACAAGACUAUACUGAUUCUCGUUAUACAAAUGAAGAGUGGCAAAAAAUCAAAAAUGAUAUUCCGUCAAAACAGGUACCUGCUUUGAAAGUCGAUAAUCAAUACAUUCCACAGAGUAAUGCUAUAAUAAGAUAUUUGGGAAAAAAGUUCAACUUAAUCGGAAAGACUGAUAUGGAUGCCGCUAUCAUUGAUAGUGCAAUGGGCUGUGCUGAUGAUAUUGCAAGCGGAUUUAUCGCCAUGAAAUUUGGUGGUUUGAAUGAAGAACAAACGAAGGCAAAGGCUGAGAAAAUGAAGACUGAAAUUGUUCCCAAAAUGCUUGAAUAUUUUGAACAUGCCCUUAGUGCAGAUGGUUUCCUCACAUCUACAAAAGCUCUGACUAUUGGAGAAUUGAGUACUUCUCUUACAAUCGAAUGGGUUCAACUUUUCCUACCGGAUUUCGAUUUAUCAAAAUACCCAAAAACCGUAAAAAUGCUCAAGAAUGUUGUUGAGAAUCCAAAAAUAGCAGCAUGGAUCAAGAAGCGACCAGUCACUGAACAUUAA